UACUGUACAUAUGUACGGACGUACUCUGAUCAUUCACACUUCAACCCAGUAGUUAAUGCAGUUGUGAAUCUUGAACGUUGGAAAAGAAGAAAAUGUUGCGCCGCCGAGCAGCAGUAGUGAGCCCCGUAGUUGGGUCGACGUCGCCAGACUAAACCACGAAGAAGCUCGCCCUCCUCUGGCUCCUCUUGCGGUUGAAUGUGGCGUGCUUGUCGGGCUUGGCUUGACUGCUUGCACCACCAGGAGCUGUAGGCGCUUUUAAGUACACGGAGAGAAGACCCAACCAUCACACACCAUGCCGUUAAAGCUCAUCAUCAACACUAGCAACCCGCCUUUAGGAGCCCUCCUGACUGCUGAGCAUGUGAAAGGAAGUGUGCAACUAUCGCUGGAGGAAGGCAAGGACACCCGCCUUCAAGUCUCAGAUGCCAUCCAGUUCAGUGAUGCAACCUCCAUCAUUCGCUAUCUGGCGCGGGUGGCGCCAUCUCUCGGCCUAUAUGGAGCCAACCUGAUGGAGCAGACUGAGGUGGACCACUGGCUAGAAUUCAGCAGCCGUCGUCUUUGCGGCCAGCCUGAUUUGAGCGUGUCUCUGGCUGAGCUGAACAAGGCCUUGUCGCUGAGAACCUUUCUGGUGGGCCACGCCCUUACCCUGGCCGACCUGUCAGUGUGGGCCGCUCUCAAAGGUCACAGCGACUGGGCCAACAAGGACAAAGAGUUCAGCCAUGUCAGUCGCUGGUUCUCCUUCCUGAGUUCUCAGGUUCCCUUUACCGGCUUGGACAACAAAUACACCAGCAAGAAAGCUCUACCAAGCAGGCCUAAUUUGGAGUCCAAGGAGAAGAAGGCUGACCUCGGCAAGUUUGUGGACUUACCAGGAGCCGAGAUGGGCAAGGUGGUGGUUCGAUUUCCACCUGAAGCCAGCGGAUAUCUCCAUAUAGGCCACGCCAAAGCCGCCUUGCUCAACCAGCACUACCAGGUCACCUUUAAAGGGCAGCUCAUCAUGCGCUUUGAUGACACCAACCCGGAGAAGGAGAAGGAGGACUUUGAAAAGGUGAUCCUGGAGGACGUGGCAAUGCUGCAAAUUAAACCGGACCAGUUCACCUAUACCAGUGACCACUUCAGCAACAUCAUGCAGCUUGCCGAGCAGCUAAUGUCAGAGGGAAAGGCCUACAUCGACGACACGCCCCCCGAGCAAAUGAAGCAGGAGCGGGAGCAGCGCACCGAGUCCAAGUGCAGGAAUAACACUUUGGAGCAGAACAUGAAGCUAUGGGCAGAGAUGAAAGCCGGCACCGAGCGUGGUCAGAUGUGUUGCAUGAGGGCCAAGAUUGACAUGAACUCCAACAACGGAUGCAUGCGGGACCCCACAGUGUACCGCUGCAAGAACAUCCCCCACCCACGCACGGGAAGGACAUACAACGUCUACCCAACUUACGACUUCGCCUGCCCCAUCGUGGACAGUCAGGAAAACGUGACUCAUGCACUAAGAACCACCGAGUACCACGACCGUGACGAGCAGUACUACUGGUUCAUCGAUGCACUGCGCCUCAGAAAGCCAUACAUCUGGGAGUACUCCCGCCUCAACCUUAACAACACGGUGCUAUCCAAGCGCAAGCUGACGUGGUUUGUGGAGGAGGGAUAUGUCGAUGGAUGGGACGACCCCCGCUUCCCUACAGUUAGAGGUGUCCUGAGGAGAGGCAUGACAGUGGAGGGCUUGAAACAGUUCAUCGCAGCACAGGGUGGCUCUAGGUCAGUAGUCAACAUGGAGUGGGACAAAAUCUGGGCCUUUAAUAAGAAGGUAAUUGAUCCAGUAGCGCCCAGAUACACAGCUCUAUCCAGCUCCUACGUGGUUCCAGUAUCUGUGCCAGAGGCAACAGAGGACAUGAAAGAAGUAGCCAAACAUCCAAAGAAUUCCGAGGUAGGCAUGAAGCAGGUUUGGUACGGACCCCGAGUUUUGGUGGAAGGAGCUGAUGCCGAGACGUUCUCUGAGGGCGAGGUGGUCACCUUCAUUAACUGGGGCAACCUCAUCAUCACCAAGAUCAACAAAGGAGCCGAGGGUAAGGUCCUGUCCUUGGAGGCGCGUCUAGACCUGGACAACAAGGACUAUAAGAAGACCACCAAGAUUACCUGGCUGGCGGAGACUGCAAGUGCCCCCGUGCUCCCUACCAUCUGUGUGAACUACCAGCCCCUCAUCACUAAAGCGGUCAUCACCAAGGAUGACAACUUCAAGGAGUACAUCAACAAAAACAGCAAGAUUGAGGAGAAGAUGCUGGGAGACCCCUGUCUCAAGACACUGAAGAAAGGCAACAUCAUUCAGCUGCAGAGGCGGGGAUUCUACAUCUGUGACCAGCCCUACGAGCCAAUCAGUCCUAACAGCUGCAAGGAGAGUCCCUGUGUCUUAAUCUACAUUCCCGACGGUCACAUAAAAGAGAUGCCCACUGCCGGGUCCAAAGAUAAAGACAAGGACAAGAGGCAGCCACCGGCCAACGCACCAGCCCCUGCGAAAGCAACCCCAGCCGGUACCGUUGUGCCCACCUCCUCUGCCACAGUUAGUGAGGUCUUUUCAAAGAUCGUCACCCAAGGAGAAGCUGUCCGCCAGCUGAAAACAGCCAAAGCACCGAAGGAGGAAGUGGACAAGGCAGUGAAGCAUCUUCUUUCUCUAAAGGCUCAGUUUAAGGAACAGACUGGUUUGGACUACAAGCCGGGUAUGUCUUCUCCCGCCUCUGCCCCGGCUUCGGCUUCCCCGUCAGGAGACUGCGUUCCCUGCCCGUACACACGUGUCUCUCAGCAGGGUGAGCUUGUCAGGAAGCUGAAAGCAGAGCAAGCGCCAAAGGACCAGAUCGACACGGCGGUCAAGCAGCUUCUGGUGCUCAAGGCAGAGUUUAAAAAGUUGACUGGUCACGAUUACAAACCUGGGAUGGCCCUGACUACAGCUUCCCCUGCUCCUUCGUUUGCGACUCCUCCUUCGACUUCCUCCUCCCACUCCUUCUCUUCUUCUUCUGCCUCAUCCGACUUGUACGAACGUGUUGCACAACAAGGAGAGCUUGUGAGGAAACUUAAGUCACAAAAAGCCCCCAAGGACCAAGUGGAAGCUGAAAUCAAGCAGCUGCUUGCUCUUAAGGCCGAGUACAAGCGGGUCACUGGUGAGGAGUACAAACCGGGAGCAAUGCCCGCCCAGAAAGCCUCUACUCCCAUCCAGAAACCCUCAGCCCUGGUUCAGACCAAUGCUGGCUCGGUCACUGGCCUCUUUGAGAAGGUGGCUCAGCAAGGAGAUGUGGUGAGGAAGCUGAAGGCCGAAAAGGCACCCAAGGAUCAGGUGGAUGAAGCUGUGAAGAUGCUGCUGGACCUGAAGAACAAAUACAAGACGCUCACUGGCCAGGAUUACAAACCGGUGGCGGCAGCUGGUGGUGAGGACAAGAACCGCAAGGAGAGGGAGAACAAAUCCGAAAAGCAAGGAGGAGGAGGUGCUGCAGGAGGAGCCAAGAAAGGGAAAGGAGAUAAAGCAAGUCAUGUCAAGGAUCCCUCUGGAGGAGCAGGAGGCGCAGGAGAUGGUCAAGGACCCAAGAAGCAAACACGUUUGGGUUUAGAAGCUAAGAAAGAGGAGAACCUGGCAGAGUGGUACUCUCAGGUGAUCACCAAGGCGGAGAUGAUUGAGUACUAUGACGUGAGCGGUUGCUAUGUGCUGCGGCCGUGGUCCUUCGCCAUCUGGGAAGCCAUCAAGGACUUCUUUGACCGUGAGAUCAAGAAGCUGGGUGUGGAGAACUGCUACUUCCCUAUGUUUGUCUCUCAGGCUGCCCUUGAAAAAGAGAAGUCGCACAUUGCAGACUUUGCUCCAGAGGUUGCCUGGGUAACACGCUCAGGAAAAACCGAGCUGGCAGAGCCCAUUGCUGUACGACCCACCAGUGAGACAGUGAUGUACCCAGCCUAUGCCAAAUGGGUCCAGUCCCACAGAGAUCUCCCAAUCAAGCUCAACCAGUGGUGUAACGUUGUGAGAUGGGAGUUCAAACACCCACAACCCUUCCUGAGGACUCGGGAGUUCUUAUGGCAGGAAGGACACACGGCUUUUGCUACCAAAGAUGAGGCUGCCGAGGAGGUUCUUCAAAUCCUGGACCUGUACGCCAGAGUAUAUGAGGACCUGAUGGCAAUUCCAGUGGUGAAAGGCAGGAAGACUGAGAAGGAGAAGUUUGCAGGAGGCGAUUAUACAACCACCGUGGAGGCCUUCAUCUCCGCUAGUGGCCGAGCCAUUCAGGGUGCGACGUCCCACCAUCUUGGUCAGAACUUCUCCAAAAUGUUCGAUAUCACAUUCGAGGACCCAAAAAAGCCUGGCGAGAAGCAAUUUGCCUUCCAGAACUCCUGGGGCAUUACCACCAGGACCAUCGGCGUCCUCACCAUGGUGCACGGUGACAACAUGGGGCUGGUCCUGCCGCCCAGAGUUGCCUGCCUUCAGGUUGUUAUCAUUCCAUGCGGAAUCACGGCCUCGCUGGGAGACCAGGACAAGGAAGCACUCAUGAGCCAAUGCGCCAAAUAUGUCAACAGGCUGCAAGCUGCUGACAUCAGAGUGAAGAGCGACACCCGGGACAACUAUUCACCAGGGUGGAAGUUCAACCACUGGGAGCUCAAGGGGGUUCCCAUCCGUCUGGAGGUUGGUCCGAAGGACAUGCAGCAGCGCCAGUGCGUAGCUGUGAGGAGAGACACAGGCGAUAAAGUGACCAUUCCAGAGGCUGAGGUGGAGAAAAAGCUAGCCGCCAUGUUGGAAGACAUUCAGAGCUCCCUGUUCAAUAGAGCGUCAAAUGACCUAAAGACUCACAUGGUGGCUGCAGACACGAUGGAACAGUUCCAGAAGGACUUGGACUCUGGGAAGAUUGUGCAGAUCCCAUUUUGCGGUGGCAUGGAGUGUGAGGACUGGAUCAAGAAAACCACUGCCAAGGACCAGGACCUGGAGCCAGGAGCGCCAUCCAUGGGUGCUAAGAGCCUGUGCAUCCCUUUCUCGCCACUGAAGACGCUGCAGCCCGGUCAGAUGUGCGUCUGUGGCAAGGCGCUGGCUCAGUACUACACCAUGUUUGGACGUAGCUACUGAAGAUGGAAUUAUUGUUGCAGUAAAGGGCUUUUUUUUUUUUAAUUCCCUUUCUCUCAUCUACUCUGUUUUGUAUUGUAUUUCCCACAGGUGGCUUUUCAGUAGCACUUGUAUUCUUCUGUCAUUUUUUUUGUUUUGUUUUGUAUUUUUAACAGAAAAAAUGAUCAUUGGAUAGGGGGAUCUAAACCUCAGUUACAAGUGAGAGAAAUGAGCAGUUUUCAUUUAAUGGCAUCCAUAAGAUAUGAUAAUGAAUAAAGAGUGCAGUUUCAUUAUGGGCAAUUAAACGAUCAUUGUCAUAAAGUCCCUCAGAAUGACUGGCUGCCUCUCUCAGGUGCACUUAACUUCAUUUUUGGGUCUUUUUCUUUAUCAAGCUAGCUAUAGCAUUGACUCGUAAUCAAGAAAAAAAUCUUGUCGCUCUCCAGCAGCUCAAUCAUGAUGUACAACUGGGUUUGUGACUUUAAAAGCAAACUAUAGCCUCUGGCGUCACUAUUUAAACAACUUGUCUAAACAAUAAACUUAUUUCUGUGGUA